AUGAAAACGCGUUAUUCUGUUAUUUGGAUCAAGGCAGUUGCCUUAAUUAGUGUUCUAAUGAUGAGCAGGCACAGAGCAGACAUGACAUUGGACGAGGUGGAGGCCACUCUGAAUUUUGAAAUUACAACAGAUGCAACACCUAUAAGAAUAAACCCAAAGGGGCCUCUCAACUUCCUCAGAGGACUCAUCUACCAGAAAAUGGAGUGCAUGUACAACAAAAGAUUCUUUUCACCAGAAAUUAAUACAGAGUACAAAUUAGAGGAAAAUCCAGACGAUUUUGACCUAGAAAAUUUCUAUAUAUACACUAGAAACAAGCAGAUGGACAAAGCAUAUACAGCACUGCCAGAGAAUAAAAUGGAUGUGUACACUGAGCAGUACCAUAAUCAUCUUAUUGAGCUAUUUCCAUCGCCUACUGGUGACAUAAGCAUUGAGACACGCGGGAUCCAGUCCUUUGUUCAGUUCCUUCGGGCUAAAGAUACAGAGGAGCACUCUUUGCAGAUUCUUGCUAUGCUGCUUCUUUUCUCAGAGGGAGUGAGGAUUCCCAUUGACGUUAACAGCAAGGAACUGAAGGUGUAUGAAACAGACAAAAAAGACAAAAUAUACUUCACAGUGUCCAUGGAAAUUCCAUGGCUAAACCUUGUGGAAGACAAAGUACAAACAUCCCAACAAAAGAAGGUUAAACAAAUGAUCAGCUUUUUCAAGGAGUAUGCAACCGAUCCGGAAGUACUUAGCAUGAUGGAGGAAAAGUGCUCACAAGAGGAGAUUGCUACAGGAAAGUUUCUGAACAGUCCUAAGUUUCUGAUUCAGUCAUAUAUAUUCGGGUUUAUAGAUACUGCAGACCGCGCAACUGAGUUUAUUCAGACUGUACACAGUAUGAUGGAAAAAUAUGCUCCAAAGACAGAAGCACCAAGCAAGAACGACUCAGUAUACGACAGACUGUUUAAACCAGCUGGGACUAUAACAGGCACAGACUGCAUCGUCUUAAUGAAGAAAACCCAAGAGGUUUUAAACACAUAUCGAGUCUUUCCAUUUGCAAACAGCACAGAGCUCCCUGCAUACACAUCUGUUCCUAGAUACAACAGGGAAGCCAAAGAGUUUUCUACUAAUCGACUGGAAAACUACAGCAACUGCGUAGAGUGUGUGAUUCUUUCUCUUUUCUGCUGCCUAACAUAUGACUCAUCUGAUUAUAAAUGCAAAACUGAUCAUAUGGGGGAUGUCUCUUCUAGUCUGAAAGAAUUCUUCGCCCCAAAAGAGAACAAGUCAUUUGACACAACAAAAGUUGAAUUCCAGAGAAACUGGUGCAGAGUCGUUGCAGACCUAGAUGAGCCUAGUAUUGCAUACUGCAAAGGAAGAAACGAGCUAGACACUGGGAUUUUGAAUAUGCUUAUGGUUAUUAUUGAAAUAGUAAAGGCCCCCGAAGAUGAAAAGAAGAAAAUACUUGGCUUCUCAGAGAGUUUAGAGGAAAAAAGCGGGAAAUUAGAGGAUGAAUUAUCUAAUGCUAUUCAAGAGUACACAAAUACACUACUUACACGCCUAUCCAAGACAAAAGAUGUAGAAGUGCAGUUCUCUGAGCUUAAAAGCGAAAAGUGCAAGAAUGGAAGAUAUGAUGUGCUUGGAGAAAUUUCCAUGUCAUUUAAGCAAAGUAACAUUAAGAAUACAAUAGUUUUGUGCAUAUCUAAAGGACACGGUAGUGUUUAUAUGGAGCCAACUAUUAUGAAAUUCAAGGAUGACCGAAUAGAAAAAAUGAAUGAAAUAGCAAGCAGCUGCAAAAAUGGGACAGCAUUUGUUGAAAAUCUGUUUGCUUUAUACGUUGACUAUGAACUUCGAAAGAUCGAUACGUUAAAGAAGAGUGAAGUGUUUAUGAAAGCAGAGAUACAAAAAACCAUUGAUAACAACUUUGCAGACAUCAAUAGGCUACUUCUCAUAAAAAAGAUCAAUACCUUUGAAUAUGCGAAGGAGUUAGUCACCUGCUCUACUGUGUAUACAAUAGACCAAGAGUUAUCUCCAAAGCAUCCUCUUAUUCGCUUUAUGUCUAACAUAAUAGGAAACAUGGAGCUAGAUAAUGUAGCUAUUCAGAUAGACAUGAUUCUAUCAGCUGGAUCUACAGACCCGCAAACGGACAUUAAACUCAAAUAUCCAAGGAUAGAUUUAUCAGAAGCCUACUAUACCAAUUUGUGUAUUUACUUCAAUCAUGAGAAUGUUGUUAAAUAUCUGCUAGAUUGUGAUGUAAAUAUUUUGAGAAUAUACGUCAAAUGCUUUGUAGACCAUAUGAAGCGGGAAUAUAGGUUCGACCUUGAUAGAUCAUUGGACUCUAUAACAAACAGAGGUCUUUAUAAAUAUAUAUUUAGAUAUGAAAACAUGGAGUACGCUAAGAUGUUUGUUAAUUAUAUGAUAAAAUCAUAUCCAGACGACAAGGAGGCAAUAAUAACCUCACUACAUUUUCUAUGGAUUGUAUAUCUCUGCUCAGAAAAAACACCAAAUGAAGAGCUAAUUAAGGCAAACUUCCGUGCAAUUCACGAAUACAUUUACAUCGGUAAAGAAUGUAAUUCGUUCUAUAGAGUUGAUAUGCUGUGCGAAAGGGCUAUUCAUAACUCAAAUUCUGAAAGUGGCCUGAUAUGCAGAAGUGCUGGAGAUUUUAGCAGGUUUUUCCAAUCUAUGCAUGCUCUUUAA